AUGGAGCCUUCCCCAUUUAAUAGGAGACAAUGGAGUUCACAGUCUUUAAAAAUCACUGCGAAGGAGCUUUCUCUGGUCAACAAGAACAAAUCAUCAGCUCUUGCGGAGAGGUUCUCCAAGUAUCAGAAAGCAGCUGAAGAAGCAACUGCUGAGAAAAGAAGAAGUAACGCAGAAAAUCUUCCCCCUCAUUUUAAAAGGGGGAAUCUGAGCGUGCUAAAGAAGAAGUGGGAGAAUCCAGCACUGGGAGUGGAGUCUCGGAAGGAAACGCUGCGAAGCAGCUGUGCUGAGGUGAGGCACAAGGUCUCCAGCCCCGGGCUUGGAACCGGGAGCAGCAGCGCUUCUUCCCCGGACGCAGAGCGAAGCCCCGGGGCUGGUGCCACAUCUGACACCCAGGCCCCGUCGGGCACCCCUGGCCAGCUGCAGUGUCCCGGCGGUGACAGCGGAAAGUCCAAAAGCCACUUGGCGGACAGUGGGAAAAUGGAAAACUGUCUGCGAGAGUGCAGAGAGGUGGAAAAGCCUGAAGCCAGCGAAAACACGGACUCUUCGGGGAAGAUCGAGAAAUACAGCGUUCCUCUGAACAAACUCAAGAUGAUGUUUGAAAAGGGGGAAGCGGCUCAGAGCAAGGUCCCCAGAGACCAGAGGAAGACAGCAGUCGGCAGGAGGAUUUCUGAUAACAGCGUCUCUUCGGAGGACUUUGAUGUGGGCCAAGGAGAGAAAAGCCAUAAUACAUCAGGGCAUCUUGUAGAUACCAGUCCAGCGCUCAGCCCGGAUAAGGCAGAGCCCAAGAAAAGCCUGGACAUGCCUCGCCUGACAGAAACUUCCAUAAAGGACAGGCUGGCGAAGUAUCAGGCAGCUGUGUCCAAGCAGGGCAGCUCCACAAGCCUCAUUUCUACGAAUGAGAUUCAAGCCAGUGAAAGUGAACUCGAGAAUUACAAAUCUGAGCAGAAGGAGAAUUUGCCACCCAGUCUUGAGGACUCCAUUUCCUGGCAGGAUGGGGAGAAGGUUUCUGUGGGAGAGAACAGCUUGUCUUCCCACUCUGCUCUUCUAGAGGAUGGCAAUGUUGGACAAACCUUGGAGAAUGAGACAGAAAUUCAGAAACCUGUCAGCGCAAAGCAGCAAAGCUUUGGUUCUAAAGCAGCUGGCCAGACAGAUGCAUCUCUGCCAAAAGCAGUGAAGAAAUUUCAGUUGCCAAUGAAGGAAACCUGCGUUGGGUGUCAGAAGACCGUGUACCCGAUGGAAAGGCUCCUUGCCAACCAGCAGGUGUUUCACAUCAGCUGUUUCCGCUGUUCCUAUUGCAACAGUAAACUCAGUCUUGGGACAUAUGCGUCUCUGCGUGGGAAUAUUUACUGCAAGCCUCACUUCAAUCAGCUCUUCAAAUCGAAAGGCAAUUACGAUGAAGGCUUUGGGCACAAACAACAUAAGGAAUUAUGGGCAGGCAAAACUGAGUGUGAAGAAUCCCCAGAGAAAACUGUCCAUGGUGUAAAUGCAACAGAAAGUCCGCAAAGCCCAGGAGUAGAGGAUGCCCCAAUUGCAAAAGUGGGAGUUCUGGCAGCCAGUAUGGAAGCAAAAGCUUCGGCUUUGCCUGAAAGAGAAGAGAGACCUGCAGAAACCAAAAAGCUCCGGAUUGCCUGGCCACCUCCAUCUGACCAAAGUACUCAAGGAAGUGCCUUAGAUGAGGGCAUCAAAGUAUUCAAACCCAAAUGGCCCCCAGAAGAAGAGAUUUCCAAGCCAGAUGUGCUGGAGGAUGUGGAUCUGGAUCUCAAAAAGUUAAGACGGUCUUCCUCGCUGAAGGAAAGAAGUCGUCCCUUUACAGUAGCAGCGUCAUUUAGAACAAUAUCUGUUAAAGGCCAUAAACCAGAGAAUUCAUCUUCUCCGUCUAAGGCAGAGAGAGACGCAUUGAAAAGAAGUGAGGAACUGGAGAGAGAGGUGGUGGUAGAGAAAAAGCAGAAGGAAAAGAAGGUUGAGAAUAGGAACAGCCUGAAUGCUGAAGAGAGAAACACAGAGGAAGAACGGGAGUUGUCUGGUAUCAAAACAGUAGAGCACAACUUUGUAGAAAAUGGCCAGGUGAAUGCAGAGACGGAUGAGGAAGAACACACUAUGGAAGAGCAGGGAAUUCCAAACGAAGAGUUCCUCGAACCAAAUUCUCCUAAAUAUCCCAGCUUAGCCAAUGUCGUGACUGCUAAGGAAUCAUCUCCCAGCCAGAACCGCAAAUCCCAAGAUGUUGGUUUCUGGGAGGGUGAAGAUAUGGAAGAUUUAUCUGUGGAAGAACAGAUCAAAAGGAAUCGUUACUAUGAAGACGAUGAUGAAGAAUAA